GAUCAGUAAUUUACUCGAGCUGUCGGUCAUCCAUGAUCACGCUCAUCAGAUGCAUGGGUGCAUUGCAAGUCCUAACGACGACCUUACUUUUACUAGUUGGCUCACGGCACAGCUCGGCGGUGUCACCGCCAUCGGGCUACCGCUCCACGCUCACCCACGUUGACUCCCAUGGCGGCUUCACCAAGGCAGAGCUCAUGCGCCGAGCCGCGCACCGAAGCCGCCACCGAGCAUUCAUGAUGCUGCUGCCGCGUUAUUCCACAAUGUCCACCAGCUCGAACGCGGGACCCGCCAGGCUCCGCUCCGGCCAGGCCGAGUACCUCAUGGAGCUCGCCAUCGGGACGCCGCCGGUGCCAUUCGUCGCCCUCGCCGACACCGGCAGCGACCUCACGUGGACGCAGUGCAAGCCGUGCAAGCUCUGCUUCCCGCAGGACACGCCCAUCUACGACACGGCCGCGUCGGCGAGCUUCUCCCCCGUGCCGUGCGCCAGCGCCACGUGCCUGCCCAUCUGGCGGAGCAGCCGCAACUGCACCGCUACCACCACCUCACCCUGCAGGUACCGCUACGCCUACGACGACGGCGCCUACUCGGCCGGCGUCCUGGGCACGGAGACGCUCACGUUCGCCGGCUCUAGCCCUGGCGCGCCCGGGCCCGGCGUCUCCGUCGGCGGCGUCGCGUUCGGCUGCGGCGUCGACAACGGCGGCCUCUCGUACAACUCCACCGGCACCGUCGGCCUGGGCCGCGGGAGCCUGUCCCUCGUGGCGCAGCUUGGGGUCGGCAAGUUCUCCUACUGUCUCACCGACUUCUUCAACACCAGCCUGGGUAGCCCGGUGCUGUUCGGCUCCCUCGCCGAGCUCGCCGCCCCCAGCACCAUAGGCGGCGCCGCCGUGCAGUCGACGCCACUUGUGCAGGGCCCCUACAACCCGUCGAGGUACUACGUCUCCCUCGAGGGCAUAUCGCUCGGCGACGCACGCCUGCCGAUCCCGAACGGAACCUUCGACCUGCGCGACGACGGCUCCGGGGGCAUGAUCGUGGACUCCGGCACCAUCUUCACCGUCCUCGUGGAGAGUGCUUUCAGGGUGGUCGUCAACCACGUCGCCGGCGUGCUCAACCAGCCGGUGGUGAACGCCUCCAGCCUGGACAGCCCAUGCUUUCCGGCUACUGCAGGUGAGCAGCAGCUCCCGGACAUGCCGGACAUGCUGCUGCACUUCGCCGGCGGUGCAGAUAUGAGGCUGCAUAGGGACAACUACAUGUCCUUUAACCAGGAGUCGUCGUCGUUCUGCUUGAAUAUUGCUGGUGCUCCGUCAGCUUACGGUUCCAUUCUUGGCAAUUUCCAGCAGCAGAAUAUACAGAUGUUGUUUGACAUCACCGUAGGUCAAUUGUCAUUCGUGCCCACCGACUGUAGUAAGCUAUGAAGCCAUAUCAUAUACAUAGUACUUUCUCUGUAU